AUGGAUUUUUCUUCAUCACAAAAAUAUAUCCAGACACAAACGCUACUGGAUAACAUCAAUGGGUUACAAAAUUUACAUGUGCAGGACAGAGAGGGCUCUAAAAACAAUUUAACGUAUGCGAAGAAUGCUGCAUCGGAUGUAGAUGGCUCACAACCGCUGUUGAACACAGAUAUGAUAUUUAAAGCAAAUAACAAAAAUCAUACAAGAUACAUUGACAAUACUGGAAUACUCCCAGAUUUUAGUGCGCAUUCUAGUGGUAAUUUAAAUGAUCUUCAUGCAGAAUUAAGCUCUCCCUUUUACAAUAUUCCAACAAUUCAAAACACUACCGAUAUGUUCGAUUCACACUCACAUGUAUCGAAGACGCCAUUGUCUAUACAUCAAGAUGUUGGCACCCCCACACCAACUAACAAGAACUCUAAAGUAAUGGAAACAUACGGGUUUGUUAACACUUUUCUCUCACCACCAGUCUGGAGAUAUAUUGACAUUCAAGGCAACACACAAGGUCCUUUUUCAAGCAGUGACAUGACCGGGUGGUAUCUUCAAGGAUAUUUUCAACCAACGUUGCAAUUGUUCAGGGAUUCUACAAGCCACGAUAACUCAAAUAGUACUAGCCAGAUGUGCAACCAGCUCAUUACAUUAAUGGACAUUUUGAACCAUACACAAAAUUACCAGGACCCGUUCAAUAAGUUUGACGAGAUGCUCAUGACGAAGACGCCUGUGACAGAAAUGGUCAACCCUAUUCCGAAUCACAUUAACAACAAUGCCGUAACUUUAGCGGAGGAAUGUAGCAAUAAAGACGUCAACAUAGAGUCCCAAAUUGUCGAGAGUUCAAUUCAAAAGGAAGAUGUCCAGGCCAUAGCUAGUAAACACAAUGCAAUUGAGAAUACAACUCUCGAAAAACCAAAGUUGCCCUCAUUAAUGGAAAGCCAUACCAAUUCAAUUAAUAACUUGAACAACACUACCAAGGAGUCUUCGACCACUAUAUCCAUUGGUGGUAGUAAUUUAAACAAGCAGAAAUCCUUCACUUCAUCAAACCAAUCUCAACUGAGAAAUGACGAAAAAUACAAUGGCGAGAACACAACCAGAAACUCUUCCAACAAAUGGAGUGAAAUUGCUAAGAAAAACGCUCCUCAAAAUAACCCAGUUGCUCCAGUGCAAAAGAAAACAAUAGCUGUUCAAAAAACUAGUUUAACUACCGCCAAAUCCACCGAAAUAGAUGAGAAAAAAACUUUAUUAUCAGCAACGGAACCGAUAUCUAUUGUUAAUGAGGACCCACAACUUAGCGUUGAUGAAUUCUUCUUCUGGUGCCGAAAGCAAAUUAAACUGAAUGAUGGUCACUCAUUAAAGGAUGUACUUGAAUUAAUACUCAGUCUUCCAACCGACUCUGAAUCUGAAAGUAUUAUUUCAGAGACUAUUUAUGCUAGUAGUGACACAAUGGACGGUAGGAGAUUUACAAAAGAAUUUAAUCAGAAGCGCAGAGAGUGUGAAAAAAGUAACAGCGGGAUCCAACUAACUGAAUUGGUGUCUAGCUACAUCACAGAUGAAGAUGACUGGGAUUUUCAGGUGGUGAAUAGAAAAGGCAAGAAAAAUUGA